UCAUCUAUAAAACUUGAAUCAAAUCCUCAUGUUCCUAAAAACCAUAUGAGCCAAGAACAAAAAAAACAACAAUGGCGUUUCCCUCCAUUUCUUCCUUAUUUUCAUUGCUUUUAGUCCUUCAUUUAUCGUCUUCAACAACAGCUUCCACCUGCCAUGCUAAAAGCUUUAAAUUAAAUCCCAUUCAAGAAAAAUUCAUUCAAUGUUUCAAAGCCAAUUCCGAGAUCCCUAUUCCCGUGUCCACUGAAUUUUUUACCCCAAACAAUGCUUCUUUUUCCACUGUCUUGCAGUCCACGGCACAAAACCUAAGGUACUUAGAGCCAUCGGUGCCAAAACCCGAGUUCAUCAUCAUGCCGUUGAAUGAAUCCCAUGUCCAAGCCGCUGUCAUUUGUUCCAAAGAACUUGGGAUUCACAUGAGAGUACGUAGCGGAGGUCAUGAUUACGAAGGGAUGUCUUACGUAUCGGCAAUCGAAUCACCUUUCAUCCUGGUUGAUCUCUCGAAGUUACGAUCAGUGAAAGUCGAUAUCGAGGAUAAUAGUGCUUGGAUCGAAGCCGGUGCGACGAUCGGUGAAGUUUAUUAUAGGAUUUACGAAAAAAGUAAGAUCCAUGGUUUCCCUGCAGGUCUUUGUACUAGUUUAGGUGUUGGUGGGCAUAUAACGGGAGGUGCGUAUGGUUCUAUGAUGAGAAAAUAUGGUCUCGGUGUUGAUAAUGUUAUCGAUGCUCGAAUUGUCGAUGUUAAUGGACGUGUCCUCGAUCGAGCCGCUAUGGGUGAAGAUCUUUUUUGGGCAAUCCGUGGUGGUGCAGGUGGAAGCUUUGGCAUUAUUCUUCAAUGGAAAAUACAGCUAGUACCAGUACCAUCUACCGUGACAGUCUUUACCAUCACCAAGUCCUUACAACAAAACAGUACCAAAAUCUUCCAUCGAUGGAUCGAGGUUGCCGAUAACCUCGACGAUGACCUUUUCAUUCGAGUAAUCAUCCAAACGGCAAUGAUCAACGGCGAGAAAACCGUGACAACAUCAUACAAUUCCUUGUUCCUUGGUGAAGCUGAUAGACUCGUAGAGAUAAUGCAACAAAGUUUCCCCGAAUUAGGACUAACUCGAAAAGAUUGCAUCGAAACGAGUUGGAUUAAAUCGGUUCUUUAUAUCGCUGGAUACCCAAGCAACACUCCACCGGAUGUUCUCCUUCAAGGUAAGUCCACAUUCAAGAACUAUUUCAAGGCUAAAUCAGAUUUCGUUAAAUCAAAUAUACCAGAAACAGCAUUAGAAGGUUUAUGGAAAAGAUUUAUGGAAGAAGAUAUUCCACUGAUGAUAUGGAACCCUUACGGUGGUAUGAUGGCUCGGAUAUCCGAAUCGGAAACCCCGUUUCCUCACCGGAAAGGUAACAAAAUCAUGAUCCAAUAUGUAAGUGCAUGGCAAGAUGGUGAUAAAAAUGAAUCCAAGCAUAUCGAUUGGAUCCGUAGACUUUACAAUUACAUGGCACCAUAUGUAUCAAUGUUCCCGAGAACUGCAUAUGUAAAUUAUAGGGACCUUGAUUUAGGUACCAACAAAAAUGCAAGCACUAGCUUCAUUGAAGCUAGUGGUUGGGGGGUUAAGUACUUCAAAGAUAAUUUCAACAAGUUGGUCAAAGUGAAAACUAAAGUUGACCCAGAAAAUUUCUUCAGGCAUGAACAGAGUAUUCCACCUUUGCCGGUUGAAGCUAGAUUUUAAGGGAUAAUUUUUAAUUUUAUUUGCGGGUUUUUAUGCUUCAUUAAAUUGUACUUCGCUUUGGUUUUGUGCUUUGAACCAAAAGAUGAAAAGAAAAUAAAGGAUUGUUUGGUACCUAGUUUUCUAAGGGUUUAUAGGAUUAGAUAAUGGUGAUGCGUUUCUUUGUUGCCCUUGUUAUUGCUAUUUUAUAUGAAAAGGUGAUUUGGAACCAAA